AUGUCUGCAUCACAAAAUCAAUCCUCACUCAACUCCACCCCCGCCGGUACAACUUUUGGUCCCAACUCCGGCGCACCAUCAUCCACAGCCACUCCUGGGAUGUCAGUAGGAUCGGCUACAGCAAUGGGCCAUGGCGAUCAUCCAAAAGAUAAUGCGGACGACAGUAAUGCCAAAUUAUCGAGUUCCAAGGUCGGGCCUCAACAAGAGGAUUUAGAAGGAGAGCAAAUGAGAGCCCCAGGUGAAGGAGAUGUCAUGGCUGCUCAAUUCGACAAGAAGAAUGCUGGAUGGGGAGAGGAGGGUAGUUAUACAAGUGAUUUGGACAGACAAAAGGCAGAGCAGAAGGAGGCUAGAGAGAAGAUCAAGAGUCAACGAGAGCAAGGCAUCGAUGUAGAUGGAGGUGCAGGUGGAAGACUCGAAAACGAAGGGUUGGGAUCCGUUUGA